AUGAAGAGUGGCAAACGCAAACUUGGUCCUGGAUUUCCGGAGCUGCGGGAGACACAAUUUGGCUGGGUGAUAGUGGGGGCUCGCUCGAAGGGGUUCUCCACUGUCCAAACGUUGAGCUGCAACGUUCUCUCGCUCGAAGAUCUCAACAGUGCGGUCCAGCAGUUCUGGAAGAUGGAGCAGGUCCCCGACAGUCCUACCCUGUCGUCCGAAGAAGAGUCAUGUGAAGAGUUCUACCAGCGUUCCCACAAGCGGGACGUCACUGGGCGUUACGUCGUUGGUCUGCCGUUCAAAGAAGGUGUGGUUGAGUUGGGUGAGAGUCGUUCAAUGGCAUUGCGACGAUUCUUGUUCCUGGAACGGCGGUUGGAAAAGGAUCCCGAGCUCAAGCACGAGUAUUCGAAGUUCCUGCGGGAAUACGAAGAGUUGGGUCACUGUGAGCUGGUGGAUGAGACUAAGGACAAACCUGGGACCAAGGCCUACUAA